CUGAGACUCAACCUUGUGUUUGUCCUGGAUAUGGUGUAUCUCAUAAUUGGAUAAAACAAAGCAUCUUUUGGGAGUUACCAUAUUGGAAGUCCAACUUAAUAAGGCAUAAUCUGGACAUGAUGCAUAUUGAGAAAAAUGUAUUUGAAAAUGUCUUUAAUACGGUGAUGGACAUCAAGGGCAAGACCAAAGAUAAUGUUAAAGCAAGAAUGGAUUUGAAAGAGUAUUGUAGGCGAAGGGAACUAGAAUUAGUAGAGAACCCUGGUGGAAAACCUUUAAAGCCUAAAGCAAAAUUUGUUUUGUCCAUUGAGCAGCAAAUGACAGUUUGUAAAUAGGUUAGUGAGCUGAAAAUGCCCGACGGAUAUGCCUCAAAUUUGAGUAGAUGUGUAAACAUAAGGGAAGGGAAUUUCAUUGGAAUGAAAAGUCAUGAUUGUCACAUCUUUAUGGAGCGUUUGUUGCCAAUUGCUUUUAGUGCACUACCACUUCAAGUGUGGAAGCCUAUAGCUGAGUUGAGUAAAUACUUUAAGGAUUUGUGCUCAAGUACAUUGCAAUUGAGUGACUUGUUGUUGAUGGAACAAAAUAUCAUCAUUACAACAUGUAAGUUGGAACGAAUCUUUCCACCUGGUUUCUUUAAUUCAAUGGAGCAUUUGCAUAUUCAUCUAGCUUAUGAAGCAAUAGCAGGAGGUCCCAUUCAAUAUCGAUGGAUGUAUCCUUUCGAGAGGUACUUGGGGAGGUUGAAACGAAUGGUUAAAAACAAAUCACGGGUAGAAGGGUCUAUUUGUGAAGCAUAUCUAUGUCAAGAGACUUCUCAUUUUUGUUCAUACUACUUUGAGUCUCAUGUCCAAUCAGCGAGAAAUAGAGUUGGUCGAAAUGACGCUGGAAGUCAUGAUGAUGUAGAUCCACAAAAUUUAUCAAUCUUCAGUCAUCCUGGUCGAACAGCUGGAACUUCAAGGAGUCGAUAUUUAACUGAUAUGGAAUCAGCUGCUGCCCAUUUGCAUAUCCUACUUAAUUGUGACGAAGUUAAACCAUUCAUUGAACGCUUUGAGCAACAUUUGGAGGCAUCCUUUCCUAAUAUCUCUCAAGCUGAUAUUGAUGGUAGGAUUGCAUCUGAGUUUCCAACUUGGUUUCGAUCUUAUGUGAGUGUUUUUAGUUUUUAACAUUAAUAUUACAUGAGUUAAAGUUAUACUUGUGAAA